UUGGGAUGCGCAGGAGCGGCGGUUUUAUUCCGCGGCCCCGGGGGCUGUGGGCCUCUGAAGUCGGUGUUCAGUGAACUCCGGCUUAAGCAUCACGGAAAGCUUGCCGCCUAACCUGGAGAAGAAAGUAAAUGUGUGUCGGGAUGGAUCAGACCUGUAAAUGGAUCGAGAAUCUGAAGACACCGAGCUUUCUGAAAAAUUGGGGAAUGUUCUAAAUGUUUCAGAGAGAGAGAAACAGAAAGCGCCAUCUGAACAUUUAAAUUGUGAGUCAAAUUCAAGCAGGCUAUCACCUGUGGAGGGUGAUACUUCAGGAGCCAGUGGCAAUGCUGAGAACUCACAUAUUGCUGAUGAUGAAGAGACAACAGAAGAGCACUUCUUUGAAUGUAACGAAUCACUGGAGACUGAUGGGUUUGUGGGCAUGGAAGAUGAUGUGAUGAAUUUAGAGUUGGAGGAUGAUUCCGAAAUAAAGGAAACCAAAAAGCUUGAGUUUGAUGAGGAGUAUUUACGAGAACUGGAAAAAGAUCUGCCUGAAGAAGAGAAAAAGCGAAGGCAAGGUGAGAGUCUAACGUUGAAAGAAGUUGGGAAUGGGCAAUUUAAAAAAGGAGAGUAUACAGAGGCUGAGAACACUUACACAGAGGCUCUUGGUGUUUGUCCAGCAUAUUACCAGAAGGACAGGUCUAUCCUUUAUUCCAAUCGAGCAGCUGCUAGACUGAAACUGGAUAAUAAGGAAGAAGCCAUAUCUGAUUGUACCAAAGCAAUUGAGUUAAAUCCCAAUUACAUCCGUGCUAUACUGAGAAGGGCAGAGCUAUAUGAGAAAACUGAAAAACUUGAAGAAGCUCUGCAGGACUAUAAAACUAUUAUAGAAAAAGAUCCAUCAGUAGGACAAGCCAGAGAAGCCUGUAUGCGAUUACCAAAUCAGAUUGAAGAAAGAAAUGAGAAAAUGAAGGAAGAAAUGCUAGCUGGCUGAUGUUAAUUUCCAACAUGAUGAAUUGUCUCUUUGCUGUUGUACUGGGGAGUGACCGUGUUAUGAUCCUGGACCAGGCUCCCAAAUAUUUGGUAUGAUCCAGUUAGGGACGAGUAACUUUUUGUUUAAAGUUUGAGAUCUAAGGAACAUGCUAAGAAAAUAAAACAAAAUUCCACGGUCUCUGAACUAAAUAAACUUUACCAUACAAAGUCAGUAAAGUAAAACAAUCUACAAUAUGUAUCUUAUACUCUUAACGUUCAGAAUUAACAUGAGGUGCAUGUGAAUCAACAGGCAAACUGUGAUUAAACACAUUACACUGCACAAUAAAUGGCAAAUGCAGCAAGUCAGAUCCCACGGAUUUCUCAGCAACCCACCUAGGCAUCAGUAAACACUGAGUCAAUCAAUCUCAUUGAAAUUCCAUCUCUUACUCUCAAAGAUCAAAGAUCUAAUAUCUGAAUUCUCUCAAAAAGUCGCUCUAACUUGGACUGUAUCAACAACUGCUCUCACCCCAGGGUUUCAAUCUUGUUUCGCGAGAUAAUCCACUGGAUUCCUGAGUCUGCACUCCAGCACCAACUCACAAACAGAACUGAGCUCUUCAGCUAUGCCAAGCAGAACAAUAGUUCUCCAAAGGGUUACCUUUGCCCAACGGUAUACAGCACAGAAUCACAAACCUUUGCUGCUUUCUCAGAUCUCCAGGGCUUCUCCCAAGCCCUCACUACUUGGAGCCUGCUAACUGCAGCACUUUUACUGCUUGGAGCAUCUUUCUUUGCUUCUCUCCUUAGUGGUUCCUAUCAGGUGGUCCUCUCCACAGAGUGACUCCAUCCCCAGUUGUUUUUUUUUGAAAAAUAUACUUUAUUCAUAAAAUAUCUGGAAGAACAUUACAAAACAUUUCUAAAUCGCCAUCACAAAAAGUACAGUAAGAUUCAACUUUUGGACAUGGAUCACGAGCUGCUUCAAUAAAAUCAAUGAAUAUUACAAUCAUUUCAAUAUGGUCAUUACAGCCAGACAGUGCAAUGGUAUUGGAGUUAUCAACAUACAUCAUGUUGUACUCUGAGGUGCUUCAGUACAAUUAUAUACAAUUAUUAUUUAAUGCAUACAUUCAUCGUGAGCCGUAUAGCCCGAGGGGUCUUUACAAUACCCAGCCCCUCGGUGCACUAUGGCAGAAAGGUCUUAGACAGCGACCUUUCCCCAUUGCGCCUUUGCGGCUGCCCCAAACUUUAUUGCGUCCCUCAGCACGUAGUCCUGGACCUUGGAAUGUGCCAGUCUGCA